UUACUGUCAUACUCGCAUUGUUCAGCGAUACUAGAGUUGAAGGGAAAGUAGAAGGUCGACAGAAAAUUCGCCGAACGUUCUCUCUCCGGACCACUGUCUCUCUGGAGUGUUUCUAAACCACCGUUUCAGUCUAAAGGUAUUUUUUUUUUUUCCACAUUAAUCAUCUUGACCUGAGCCCGGGAGGCUACAAUGGCAAUGCAGAUGGGCCAGCCUGAGGGCACUGUGAAGGUGGCGGAGUGGCAGCAGACGUACUACUCCUCAGACUCGGGCAUCCAGUCGGGCGCCACCACCGUUCGCACAGAUGACGGGGCAGACUAUGGCAGCAAGCAGUACACCAUCACCACCACCGUCUCUGCUGACAACGCUGCAGAUCUGGAGUCCCAGUUAACCCUCACACGGGCGCAGCGAGUGCGUGCGGCCAUGUUCCCCGAGACCGUGGCGGAGGGCACGUCCAUCCUGUCCACACAGAUGGACAGCACCCAAAUGACUAACGUGCAGAAACUGGCCGAGCCCUCUCAGCUGCUCAAGGCCGCCAUCGUGCACCUCAUCAACUACCAGGAUGACGCCGAGCUGGCCAUGCGUGCCGUGCCCGAGCUCACCAAACUCCUCAAUGACGACGACCAGGCGGUGGUUAAUAAGGCGGCCCUGAUCGUUAACCAGCUGACCCGGAAGGAAGCGUCCCGGCGGGCGCUGAUGCAGUCCCCUCAGAUGGUGGCGGCCGUGGUGCGCGCCAUGCAGAACACCAGCGACAUGGAGACGGCGCGCGCCACCGCCAGCAUCCUGCACAACCUGUCGCACCAGCGCGAGGGCCUGCUCGCCAUCUUCAAGUCCGGCGGCAUCCCCGCGCUCGUCCGCAUGCUCAGCUCUCCCAUGGAGUCGAUCCUGUUCUACGCCAUCACCACGCUGCACAACCUGCUGCUGCACCAGGAGGGGGCCAAGAUGGCGGUGCGUCUGGCGGACGGCCUGCAGAGGAUGGUGCCGCUGCUCAAGAAGACCAACCCCAAGUUCCUGGCCAUCACCACCGACUGCCUGCAGCUGCUCUCCUACGGCAACCAGGAGAGCAAGCUGAUCAUCCUGGCCAAUGGAGGUCACGAGGGCCUGGUGCACAUCAUGAGGAACUCCAGCUACGAGAAGCUCCUGUGGACCACCAGCCGCGUGCUCAAGGUGCUCUCCGUCUGCCCCAGCAACAAGCCCGCCAUCGUGGACGCUGGUGGCAUGCAGGCCCUGGGUAAGCACUUGACGGGUUCCAGCCAGAGGCUGAUGCAGAACUGCCUGUGGACUCUCCGAAACCUGUCUGAUGCAGCCACAAAGCAGGAGGGUCUGGACAGUCUCCUGAUGGACCUGGUCGGCCUGCUCUCGUCCGACGACAUGCACAUGCUCACCUGCGCGACCGGCGUGCUCUCCAACCUCACGUGCAACAACGGCCGCAACAAGUCCCUGGUGGUGCAGGGCAACGGCGUGGAGGCGCUGAUCCACGCCAUCCUGCGCGCCAGCGAGAAGGAGGACGUGGUGGAGCCGGCCAUCUGCGCCCUGCGCCACCUCACCAGCCGCCACCCCGACGCCGAGCUGGCCCAGAACGCCGUGCGCCAGCACUACGGCAUCCCCGCCAUCGUCAAGCUGCUGGCACAGCCUUACUACUGGCCCAUCAUCAAGGCUGCAGUUGGUCUGGUCCGUAACCUGGCACUGUGCCCAGCCAAUCAAGCGCCUCUGAGGGACGCAGGGGCCAUCCAGAGACUGGUGAACCUGCUGCUGAAGGCCCACCAGGACGCCCAGAAGCACGGAUCCGCCGCCCAACAGACGUACCAGGAUGGUGUGAGGAUGGAGGAGAUUGUGGAGGGCUGCACAGGAGCUCUGCACAUCCUGGCCCGAGACCCGACCAACGCCGCCGACAUCGCAUCCUUGGGGACCAUCCCCCUGUUUGUGCAGCUGCUGUACUCUCCAGUGGAUAAUGUGAAGCGUGUGGCCGCUGGGGUGCUGUGUGAGCUGGCUGUGGACAAGCGCUCAGCCGAGGCCAUCGACUCGGAGGGAGCCUCUGCACCACUCAUGGAGCUCCUGCAUGCCAGCAACGAGGGCAUUGCCACCUACGCUGCCGCCGUUCUCUUCCGCAUCUCCGAGGACAAGACUGCCGACUACAGGAAGCGUGUGUCAGUGGAGCUGACCCACUCACUCUUCAAGCACGACCCUGCUGCAUGGGACAUGGCACACAAGACCGCACAGAUGGACGUUGGCUACGCAGCUGACGAGGUGGACACCGGAUACGGCUACGGCGGCUAUCCUGAGGGUAUGCCCAUGAAUGGCAUGCCCAUGGAGGGUGAUAUGAUUGAUGACUAUCCCCCCAGCAUGCCCUACCAGUACAACGAGCCCUACUAACAGAUGUGUGAAGACGAACGGAGAGAUGAGAAGUGCAUAGAGAGAGGGAUCUGCUGAACGAGGGAGGAAGCGUGAGGACGAAGUGGAAGAAACGCGCCAUUCCUCGUCUUCACCGCUGUAACACGACUCUGAUGUGACGUUCUGUUCUGUUCUGCUCUGCUCUGCGAACUUUGCCUGCCGUCUCACAAAGGCCACCACAAGAGUCCUUAUUUUUCCAAAAUAAUAUCAUUCUUUUAUCUUUUCUUUCUAGUUUUGUCUUCUUUUACGGAAAGAUUGUUGUAUUUUAUACAAGGGCUUUUAAGGGUGUGCAAUUGUUUUUGUUUGUUUUUCACUGCGCUUAGGCGAAAGAAUGGGGAACACUACUGUAUGCCAAAGAGAUGUGUGUUUUAUUUUGUAAUAAUAAUAGUAGUAAUCAUUUAACUUCUGAUUUUAGUUGACGCUGUUGUUUUGAUAAUUAUAAUGGAAGAAACUAUAUGUACUGCCAGCAUUGUGACUGAAGACAUGUUGGCGCGUCGUAGCCCAGGUAGCUGACCUCAGACCUGCCUUCUGAUGGGUCUGAUGGAAAGCUCAAAGGUUUGAAACAUGUACAGGCAAAGCUGAUCUGAAGUCAGAUAUUUGUUUUUUGUUUUUGGCCUGACACUGCGCCGCUAUCCAUAGUCCACCACUACAUGACUUUUAUAGUACUACUGCUGCACCUCUUGGUCUGUGACCAAAACUUUACUGGCUAGAACUGGCACGUCAAACCUUUAUGUGUGUGUAGGUGCGUGUAUGAUUUUUGUAUGCGCGUGUGUGUGUGUGUGUGCGUGUGUGUGUGCGUGUGUGUGUGUGUGUGUGUGCGUGUGUGUGUGUGUGUGUGUGUGUCCAUUUUAUUUUCCUUUCCCUAGUUGCUUUUCUUCAAAUGAGUGAGGUAGCGCUACAAAUCUGCUGAGUGACAGUAAUGGUCUUAAAAAGUGAUGUAUAUGAAAUGCUUUUAUUAUUUGUGACAAUUAACUCUGUACAUGGCAAGAUAAAGGAAAUACUGUCAGAGGGAAACGUGCUGUAGGGACAUUGACAAAUCAAAAUGACAAGAGGUUUGGUAGGGGUGCAGCAAGCAGGUGGAAAAAGACCAGACUCCCACUUCCUGACUCCCCAUGACACAGAAAAAGGUCAGGCUUUGACCUUAGAAUAUGGUGGUUUUAAUAUGGAAAUAAACCUAUUGACAGGGAAUUGUUUUGUCUUUCUUAGAAUGUUUUUACUUAAUAUUUUUUGUCAUAAUAAGAAUAAAAUGAACUUGUCUAACAA